AUGGCAGUUGCACCUGUUGAGAGUAUUGCCUCAUUGAGUAGUGAUCUCUUCUAUGACAUAUUACGACGUCUCGAUGGCCCUACAUUGGCUAGUGCAGCUUGUGCUUGUGUGUCAUUUCGUUCCAUCUCAAAAGAAGAGAGUUUAUGGGAAAAUGUGUGUUCAUCUGUGUGGCCUUCAACCAACAGGGAAGAUGUCAAAAGUUUAAUAUCUUUCAUCGGGGGAUUCAGAAAGUUCUAUGCAGAUUGUUUUCCUCUUAUUGUAAACAAGGAGGUCAGAGAGUAUCAAUGGAAAAACUACCUAGAGUACCCUGAUGAUUGGACUGAGGCAGAAUACUAUGGGGACAUGACUGAAUUUGAGAGCAUCUCUCCAUCAGAUUUUGUUUCUAUUGUGGAUAUUAGGUUUAAGGAGAAACCAAUCUGCUCCAAAGUUCUAUGGGGAAUUCCAAAUGCUAAUGGCUAUGAUGGUUGGUUCUACAACUGUCCUUUUCGGAUUGAUCUUCUCACUUAUGCAGAUAGAGAUGAUAACAAUGAUGGGGUGGUAACCCUUUCUGUAUCUGAUGGAUUGCCACCAGUUACAUCCAUGGAGAGAGAAAGGAAAGACGGAAAGUUAUGGCGAGAGCUUCGUGAUGGUCUCCUUCUUAGUUGGAUCAUAGUAAACAAGAAAAUAAAGCAAGCUGCUAAUCUUGCUAGCUGGAGCCCUUUAGAUGGGCAAAGACAUUGGCCAACAGAUAAGGAUUUUGUCUUUCGCUUCGGAUCCGUUCUCUCUGCUAAGGACAUUCUUCCUUCUCAAGUAGUGCAAUGCAUCCUCAUUAUGAAGUUUAGAGUGGUCCACACUGAAGAAGACGGGGUUCAAACAACUCUUAAAUUAACAGAACUGAGUAUGCAGUUGGAAGACAUGGAAGGUGCUCAUGUUAAUGGAAGGAACAGUUUGCUUAUUCUUAAGGAAGCACUUAGCUGCCGAAGGAGCAAAAAUUAUAGUGAAGUACUUGAAUCCUGUCUUAUGUACUCAAAAGUGCAAAAUGAGUUAAAAGAGGAGAAGAUUAGAAAUGAAAGUAGGUUGGAUACAUUUUGUAUUUUGAGUGGUAUUGCUGCUUUAAUGACAUUCUGGUACUAUGUUUUGUGAUAUGGCAGGGCAUUGUUUAUUUUACUGGAAUAAGCUAAUGUUGAUCUAGUAUGUGAUCAACUUUGGCACUUCUAUUUUGUAACGUAAGACUCCUAAUAAAGUAAC